AUGGCCCCACAGGAUACCACAUUCCUGUAUUUUGAAUUUCCCAUUCCUACCAUCUCCGCUGCAGCAAAUCCUAUGGUUCCCUGGAAUGGCUCUGUGAGGUUCCUGUGCAGGGGAACACCCAAAGCCUUCCUGUAUCAAUUGUCCCUGAUGAAAAACUCCACACAGAUGGUUAUAGAAAAGAAAUUAGGAUUUCAAAAAGAGGCUGAAUUCAUUAUCAACCACAUGAAUUCAACACUGGCAGGAUGUUAUCAAUGUCAGUAUAGGAAGAAGUACCAUUGGUCAGAGUGGAGUAAACCCUUGAAGCUGGUGGUGACAGGCUUUUAUGCCAAACCUGUCCUCUCCACAGAUCAAAGCCUUGUGUUGAGACCAGGAGAAAACAUUUCCUUCAAGUGUAGUUCAGCACACAACCUGUUCAAUCGAUUUUCACUGGCCAAGGAAGAAGAAGCCUCCUUGCCAUUGCACCAACAUGACAAGUAUCAAGGCAACUUCCACCUGAGACCUGUGAACCCUGACUUCAUUGGACACUACAGGUGCUAUGGCUGGCAUAGCAACAGCCCCUGUGUGUGGUCAGCCCCCAGUGAUGCCCUGAAGCUCACUGUCACAGGUAGAUGCACCACAGCCCAUUAUGUCUCUAUCCCCAAGAAGCAUGAUUACAUGGUGGAGAAUUCAAUCCGGAUGGGUAUGGCUGGGCUGGCCCUUGUGAUACUCUUAGUGAUAGCAUUUGAAGAUUGGCAUAGCCACAGGGUAUCACACAAGGAAUGCUGUCAGGAAUUGGCUGCAAAGAGAUGGAGCAAACAGGGUGUCAGACCUAGUGACUGUGGAUAA